AUGCAGGCCCAGAAAGCCAUGAAGAAGUCAUCGGCGACGUCGUCCUCGACGCUGGGGCGGAGCGCGUCGGCGCCCCUCGACGCGACGCCGGCGACGAGCGUGGGCGAGGCGCCGCGGGCGGCGACGACGCUGAGCUACCCCGAGCGCAUCCCGAAGGCGCGCCUCGAGGCGACGCUGCUCAACCGGGAGCUCGACGACACGCUCUUCGACGCGCGGCUGCGCCAGGGCCGGAGCCCCGGCGCCGUCGCGGAGCGCGCGGCCGCGGGCUGGAUCGGCGGCGGCGUCGCGACUCGGACCGUCGACGGCCUCCUCGCGAAAAAGGCCGCGAGCCCGGCGAAGCACAAGAACGUGCUCAAGCCCCUCGUGCGGGACACGAGCGAGGGCGGCCACGGCGCCUGUUUUACCGUGACGCUGCCCGUGGGCGACCAGGCCAUCGACGGCGUGCUCGGCAAGCUUCUAGAACAGUCCCGGUCCAAGGCCGCGGGGCUCCGCGGCGCCGUGCGGCGGGCGCUGAGCCGCGAGGAGGAGCUGCUCGACGAGGUGCGCCGCCUCCGCAACGAGGUCACGCGCCACGCGGUGCUGUCCGGCCUCCACGGCCGGGGCCCCCGCGAGGCCGCGGCGUCGGGCGACCCGCGGCGGGCCGCCGAGGCCGCGCUCGGCGGCCUCGCCGCCGUCCAGGGCGACGGCCCGUCCUGGGCCAGCGCCGACGCCCAGAAGUUCCACGGCCGCUGCGUCCGGCGGCUCGAGGAGCACGUCGAGCAGCUCUCCAGAGAGCGCGACGAGUCCCUGGCGCUCCUCCGGAAGGCCCACGACUGCUCCAUCGAGGACCGCCGCGCGAAGCUCGGCGUCGAGGCGGAGCUCGAGGCGACGGUCGCGCGCCUCGAGCAGGUCCGCGUCGAGGUCGCGUCGCGGCGGAAGAUGGACGCCGUGCGCAAGGUCUACUUCGACGACAUGGCGGACCGCGUCGAGAAGCUCGACGCGCGGAAUCGCGCGUUGCAGGAGGACGCGGCGGCGCGGGAGGCGAAGGAGGCGCUCGGCCCCGUCGCGCCGGAGGUGCUCGACGCGCUGACCUACAUGCUCAACGACGCGGCGCCGGACCCCGCGCGCCUCGAGGCUUAUUUCGCGGAUCCGAACGUCGGGCCCGCGCUCGCCAAACUCCGGCGCCUCGUCGACGUCGGCGACGAACGGGACGCGGCGUCGCGCGCGGACUCCGCGUGCGACCUCGCCGAGGCGCCGGCGCCCGCGGACGCGGGCGCGCCCGCGCCCGCGCCCGGCGCCGCGGCGCUCGCCGAGGACGACGCGUCCGCGGUGUCGUCGACGGAGUACUUCGAGCUCGACGACGGCCGGCGCAUGAAGGCGCUGUACCUGGCCUCGGGCAAGCGCAUCUGGGUCGCCGAGGAGCCUUUGGCGGCGCCCGUCCCGCCGGAGAAGCUCGAGCUCGCCGAGGCCGCGGCGCCCGACGACGACGACGACCGCGACGGCGACGCCGCGCGCGACGUCGCGGCCGCGGCGACGGUGCUCGCGGCCCACGAGUUCAUGCGCGCGACGCAGCCCCUCGAGGCCAUCGUGCUCCAGUGGGUCAACGGGGGCAUCUCGGGCUGCCUGGGGGGGAAGCCCAUCGAGGACCUCGCGGACGACGACCGAUUCGCGUCCGGCGACGCGCCCGUCGCGGUCGUCGCCGCGCUCCGCGACCGCCACUUCUUCAAGGGCGCGCAGCUCGCGCGCGUCGACGCGGCGCUCGACGCCGCCGCGAACGACGACACGCUCGUGGGAGUCGAACGGGCGGCGGCCGUGCUCGGCGCGGUACAUCCGCAGUGCGCGAUGUUCGCGUCGCGGCCCCCGGAGGGCGAGCCCUUCGCCGCGCGGCUCCAGGGCGUCGCCGUCCUCGGCGGCGCGCUGCUCGGCGCGUGCCCGUCGGCGCUCCACGUGCUCGACGAGCCGGACGCGAAGCAGCUGCUCCAGCGCGAGGCGUCGCGGCGCAGGGUGUCGGCCGUCGCGACCGUAGCGGCGUUGCUCCGGGACGUCGAUCUGAGCGCCCUGUCCGUCCCGCGGCCGGACAAGAUCUUCGAGCAGAUCGCGUCCAUCUACGCGGCGCACGUCGGCUCCGAGGCGACGCUCCGGGGCCACUCGAUGGCGAAGAUCGCGCGCAAGUUCCUGACGCGGCGCCUCAUCUUCCGCCACGCGGCCGACGACGCGCUCGGCGAGCUCGCGCUCGGCGUGGACCAGCUCGCGCGCGACUACGCCCUGGCGCGCCUCUUCGCGCGCGUCGCGGGCGUGCCCCGGGGCCUCAAGCAGAAGCGCAACUCCUUCGCCGUGCCCGCGGUCUUCGCGGCGCUCGAGGCGUCCGCGGCGCACGACCCGCUCGCGUCGCCGCGCGCGCUCGACUUUUUUGUGGUCGCGCUGUCGACGCUCGUGCCGCGGGACAAGAUCAUCGAGAAGCUCGGCGCCAAGGAGGAGCAGGUGUUGGAUUUGGGGCAGGUCGCCGCGCUCGCGCCGAAUUUGUUCCAGAUCCACGUCUUCGACGCGCACAAGCUCUACCCCUGGCGGGAGAACGCGUUGACGACGGACCUGCCGUUCUACGCCGAUUUGGUGAGGAGUCUGGACGCCCGAGCGGCGCUCGUCGAGCCGGACCCGAUCUCGCUGAAGCUGCGCGUCAAGCUGGCGGACGCGCUCGAGGCGCUGGUGGCCCACUGGCCCGCGGCGACGGACCACGCGGCGCGCGAGACGCGGCGCUACGCGAGCCGCCUCAUCCAGAAGCGCGCGCGCGGCGGCGCGGCGCGCGCGCGCCACGCGGAGACCGUCAAGGCCAAGGCCGCGGCGUUCGAGCGCGCCAGGGUCGAGCGCGAGUUCCGCAAGUGCGACAUCAACCGCGACGGGCUGCUGAACCUCGAGACCUUCCACCGCUUGUUGCGGACGCUGGACCCGUCCAAGUCCCAGGACGAGGUCCUCGAGGAGUACGAGCUCGCCGUCGACGGUAGCCGGCGGCAUCGCGAGCGGAACCGCCACGACUACGACGACGACGACCGCGACGACAGGGAGGCCAACGACGCCCUCGUCGUCGCCGAGGUCGUCCACGUGCUCACGCAGCCGCGCCACGUCCACGUCGAGCCGCCGCCGCCCGCGGCCUUCGUCGCCAUCCCCGUCGCGCCGGACUUCAUGCACAACACGUGGGCCAAGGACCGCAACGCGCUCCGCGAGGGCGAGGUCCGCCUCUCCGCGCCCUAA